AUGGUUUUUGUAGUUAUUUUAACCUUUGGAUUCUGUUGGUUACCUCAGAAUUUUCGUUUUUUCCUUCAAGGAUUGAAUUAUCCACAAGCUAGUUUUUGGGAGCAUAAUGAAAAAAUACUUUUACUUGUCCAGUCAGUUGUGCAAACAAUGGCUUAUGCAAAUAGUUGUGUUAAUCCUAUACUUUAUGGUGUGUUUUGUUUCCGGAAAUUGUUUCCGGAAAAUAAUAAAAUAAAUAAAAAUCAGAAUUAUAAAUAA